AUUACGCUGCAGUGCGGAAUCGAGUCAGUUUACUCAGUGUCCUAUUAUAGUUAAAAUGUAUGUGAAGAAGCUUGUACAGAACUGCUUCGGCGGCCUAAGAAAUGCCGCUUUUAGGGUCCCCGUCCAGCGAACUGCGAGUGCUACAUGUGUCAGGCUGCAGCACUCCCAGCCGGACUCCAGAGAUGUCCGCUCCUAUCGGCCAGAGACGAGCAGUGCCAAGACCCUGAUGGACAUUGGCACUCGCAGGAUCUUCUCUGAGGAUCACGACCUCUUCCGGCAGAAUGUGCGUCGCUUCUUCCAAGAGGAGGUGGUGCCUCAUCACAACCAGUGGGAGAAGGCGGGCGAGGUGAGCCGGGAGCUGUGGGAGAAGGCCGGGCAGCAGGGCCUGCUAGGAGUGAACAUCUCUGAAGAGCAGGGGGGUGUUGGAGGAGAUUUGCUGUCCUCUGCUGUCGUUUGGGAAGAACAGAUGUACUGCAAUUGCUCGGGACCCGGCUUCUCCCUGCACUCAGACAUCGUGAUGCCUUACAUCUGCUCGUACGGCUCCAAAGCCCAGGUCCAGCGCUUCAUCCCGCAGCUGGCUGCUGGGAAGUGCAUCGGUGCCAUCGCCAUGACAGAGCCCGGAGCCGGCAGCGAUCUCCAAGGUGUCAGGACCUUUGCCAAGAAAGAUGGCAACGACUGGAUCCUCAAUGGAAACAAGGUGUUCAUCACAAACGGCUGGUUGAGUGACUUGGUCAUCGUGGUGGCUGUAACGAACAGGGAAGCGCCAACUGCAGCCCACGGCAUCAGCCUCUUUCUGGUGGAGAAUGGAAUGAAGGGCUUCCACAAGGGUCGUAAGCUGGAGAAGAUCGGGCUCAAGGCACAGGACACGGCUGAGCUGUUUUUCGAAGAUGUCCGUCUCCCGACAGAUGCUCUUCUGGGCCAAGUCAACAAGGGCUUCUACUACCUGAUGAAGGAACUUCCCCAGGAACGCUUGCUAAUCGCUGAUAUGGCCAUCGCCAGCUGCGAGUUCAUGUUUGAGGAGACCAGAAAAUACGUGACGGAGAGGAAGGCUUUUGGCAAGACCAUCUCUCACCUGCAGACAGUGCAGCACAAGCUGGCUGAGCUGAAGACUGAGAUUUGCGUAGGGCGGGCCUUCCUGGACAGCUGUCUGCAACUGCAUACAGAGAAGAAACUGGAUUCUCCCACCGCCUCCAUGGCCAAGUACUGGGCCACUGACCUCCAGAACAAAGUGGCUACACAGUGCCUGCAGCUUCACGGAGGGUGGGGCUAUAUGUGGGAAUUCCCCAUCGCCAAGGCCUUCGUAGAUUCGCGCGUCCAACCCAUCUACGGUGGCACCAAUGAGAUCAUGAAGGAGCUGAUUGCCCGUACCAUCGUGGGCAACAACUGAGCCUAUGAGAAGCUGAUUUGAGCAGACGGACAUUCUGUGUGCCUUACUCUCUUUGCAUUGACCCCUCUGAAGUUGAUAGACAGCCGACUACUGCUUUUCUAUUUGGGAAGAUGUUUAACGAUAAUUGCUGACGGAUACCAUCUGUUCCAUCUACGUAACCUCGUAACCAUGUGAAACUGUGCGGCAGAACAUAACAUUAAAUAUUUGAACUAAAAUCGUGCCUGUAAAAGUAAUUAAUGAUGGUUUACUGGUUUAUUCCUGUGCCUAUAUUAGUGCUUAAAAUGCACCUUUUCUACAUCCAGUCAUGGGAUGUUAACUGUUUUGGGAAGAUAUAAAGCUUCUAUCCGUCUUCCAUCCCGAAAAGGUGGAAUAGGGGUGUUGCUCAGCCUGGAGCGAUCCUAGGAUGCACCGGGCAGAAGUGGGGGACACCCAGGGUAGCAGACCGCAUGAUUCAUUACAGGUUGAACAUACUCAAACUUUAUUUGAUGUAAAAUUACGUAAGAUCCUCAUACAUUUCAUUUCUAAAUGAAAGUUGUAACUGUUGAAUAAAAAGUCUUUGUUUUGCGUA